AUGAAAUGUCGCUACUACGAGAACCAGUUUCCGGAUGUCGAAGAGGCCGUCAUCGCCAAUGUGAAGAUGAUCGCCGAUAUGGGAGCUUAUGUUCGGCUCUCUGAGUACAACGAUAAAGAAGGAAUGAUCUUGCUCUCGGAGCUCUCCCGUCGUCGUAUCCGUUCUGUCAACAAGCUGAUCCGUGUCGGACGUAGCGAGUGCGUCGUCGUCAUUCGUGUCGACAAGGAUAAGGGUUACAUUGAUCUCUCGAAACGUCGUGUCUACGCAAAAGACACCAAUCAGUGCAACGAGCGGUAUGCCAACGCCAAAAUGGUCAACAGCAUUCUCCGCCACGUGGCUGAGCAGCUGGGAUACACCACUGAUGAGCAGUUGGAGGACUUGUAUCAAAAGACCGCGUGGCACUUUGAUCGGAAAGAGAAACGGAAAGCAGCGUCCUACGACGCAUUCAAGAAGGCCAUCUCGGAUCCGACGGUGCUCGAUGAGUGUGAUAUUACUCCAGAGGCCAAGGAGAAGCUUUUGGAGGAUAUUCGCAAGAAAUUGACACCUCAAUCGGUUAAAAUCCGGGCUGAUAUCGAGGUUUCCUGCUUUGAUUACGAGGGAAUUGAUGCAGUGAAAGCCGCGUUGAUCACUGGAAAGAACUGCUCCACUGAGACGUUCCCAAUCAAGAUCAACCUGAUCGCCGCUCCACACUUCGUCGUCACCACACAAACGUUCGAUCGAGAAGGUGGACUUGUCGCUGUUAACCAGGUCCUCGAGACCAUCAAAACGGCCAUCGAGGGAUUCAAGGGAAAAUUCGCGAUCAAGGAGGAGGCGAGAAUCGUGACUGAUAUUGAGGACGAGAAGAAGAAGGGCGAGGGAGAAGAUGAGGAGGAGGAUUCGGAAGAAGACGAGGAUGAGGAGGAGGACGAGGAUGAUGACGGACUCAUGGCACCAAAGGGACUCGAUCAACAGGUCGACGCCGAGGAAGCCAGCCGAGACAACCGAAAGAAGGCCGGAGACGAUGAGGAUAGUGAUGAGGAGGACGAUUAG